CCAUGGACAUUGUGAUAGUCAAAUUGCUCCUGCUCUCACUGGCGUAUGUUAGCGGUCAAUAUCGCUACAAAUGCCCGGCGAUAGGUCACCACCUAUUACCCCAUGAAACGGAUUGCUCCAAGUUCUAUUACUGCGAGUAUGGCGUGAGGCGUAAUGACGCGAGACAGUGUCCGGCAGGAACUCUGUUCUCCUAUGAAAUACAGGUUUGCGAUCACGCGCAUAACGUCAAAUGCCACACUGGUCCCACUUCUCCAUGUACUGAAGAACCAGCUUGCGAUUGCUCCAAUCAACCAAUACUGCCCAAUGGAUGUCCUUGUGACCACAGCAUUCAAUUACGUUUGCGUCACGAAUCUGAUUGUGAGAAAUUCUAUCAAUGUGACCAAGGCAAGAGAGUCUUAAGAGAGUGUGCCCCUGGGACUCACUUUAAUGCCAAAUUGCAGAUAUGCGAUCAUCCUUCUAAAGCUGGCUGUGACCCUUCUUGUGUUACCACUACUAGUACUACUACAACAACUACUGAGACACCAAGUUGCGAUUGCACAAAUCAACCAAUAUUGCCAAAUGGAUGUCCUUGUGACCAUAGCAUUCGGUUGCUUUUACCUCAUGAAUCUGACUGUGCUAGAUUCUAUCAGUGUGAUAACGGCGAGAGAGUCAUAAGACAGUGUGCCCCUGGGACUCACUUUAAUGCUAAACUACAGGUAUGCGAUCAUCCUUCUAAAGCUGGCUGUGACCCUUCUUGUGUUACCACUACUACUACUACUACAACUACUGAGAAACCAAGUUGCGAUUGUACAAAUCAACCAAUAUUGCCUAAUGGAUGUCCUUGUGACCACAGCAUUACCUUGCUAUUGCGCCAUGAAUCUGACUGUGAGAAAUACUAUCAAUGUGACCAAGGCAAGAGAGUCUUAAGAGAGUGUGCCCCUGGGACUCACUUUAAUGCCAAAUUGCAGGUAUGCGAUCAUCCUUCUAAAGCUGGCUGCGACCCUUCUUGUGUUACCACUACUACUACAACAACAACUACUGAACAACCAGCUUGCGAUUGCUCCAAUCAACCGAUAUUGCCAAAUGGAUGUCCUUGUGACCAUAAGAUUCACUUGCUGUUGCCUCACGAAUCUGAUUGUGAAAAAUUCUAUCAAUGUGAUAAAGGCGACAGAGUAUUAAGACAGUGUGCUCCUGGGACUCACUUUAAUGCUAAAUUACAGGUAUGCGACCAUCCCUCCAAAGCUGGCUGCGACCCUUCUUGUGUUACCACUACUACUACAACAACAACUACUGAACAACCAGCUUGCGAUUGCUCCAAUCAACCGAUAUUGCCAAAUGGAUGUCCUUGUGACCAUAAGAUUCACUUGCUGUUGCCUCACGAAUCUGAUUGUGAGAAAUUCUAUCAAUGUGAUAAAGGCGACAGAGUCCUAAGACAGUGUGCCCCUGGGACUCACUUUAAUGCUAAAUUGCAGGUAUGCGAUCAUCCUUCUAAAGCUGGCUGCGACCCUUCUUGUGUUACCACUACUACUACAACAACAACCACUGAGAAACCAGCUUGCGAUUGCAUCAAUCAACCAAUAUUGCCAAAUGGAUGCCCUUGUGACCAUAGCAUUCGGUUGCUGCUACCGCAUGAAUCUGACUGUGCUAGAUUCUAUCAGUGUGAUCAGGGCGAGAGAGUCUUAAAAGAAUGUGCAUAUGGGAAUCAUUUUAAUGCUAAAUUGCAGAUUUGCGAACACCCUUCAAAGGCUGGUUGUGAUCCGUGCAUAGUUUCUAACAAAUGUGUAGAAUGUCAUGUACCACAUUGGGCCCACGAGACUGAAUGUGACAAAUUCUACAGUUGUUCCAAUGGCGAGGAGGUGUUGCACACAUGUCCUGCCGGUCUUAAUUUCAACGAGGCUCUGCAGACGUGCGAUUUUACUUGCAACGUCAGUUGUAGAAAUAGAUCUAGACUAUUUUUCUUAGACUUCGCACGUAAACGGCGGUAAUAUGUAUUUCCCGGUACAAUUUCGUUACUGUACUUUUCGUCUUAACUUUUUCCUAACUAAUAAUUUAGCUUUUUACACAGUCUUGGCCUAACCCAUAAAGCCUUAUACAUCCGCUCAUUUCACCUCACCUUUGGUGAGAUUUAGCAUGAAAUUUAUAGCCACUACUGCAAUACAAAACGUUUUUGACAGGCGUCAUACUAACUCUGAAUAACCUUCGUCUCAACUAUCUCUUUAACCUUUGAUAUAACCAAGACGUGAGUGUUGGCCUGGUGGCUUCAGCGUGCGACUCUCCUGACAGCGAGAACCACGGCUGUGCACCAAUGGACGUUCUAUGUGCCAAUUUAACAUUCGCUCGUACGAAGGAUAACAUCGUGAGGUAACCGGCUUGCCUUAAACCCAAUUGCCGUGUCAGGCACAGGAGACUGAUCACCUAUUUGCCUAUUAGAUUGAUUACUAUGAAAUACAUAUAGAAAGCUGAGGCCUAGGCCUAUAAAGGUGCGCCACUGAUUUAUUUUUAACGAGAAAGGUAUACAAAUGUACUUCAAAAUGGUUGAGAUUUAUUUAAGAAAGUUGAGAUUUAUUUGAUUAGGGUGAGAUGAAUUUGAAGAAGUUGAAAUCUACGUCCCAUUUGUGAAAUUUUCGGUUGACAUUAAUAUAAUUGUUAAAUAAGGCUAAGACGUUUUUUUCGGUUAUUUAAGUAGAUUAAGCUGAAUGUUAAAAGUACUAACUAAAAUGAUAAUGUAUAGUAACUACGUAGUUAAAAGUUACUAUGUUUUUGAAAUAUUCAUCAUUUCAAGUCGCUUUAAUAAAUAUAAUAAAAUAAAAUAGAGAAAAGAUUACGCGCUAGAGUUUAUGAUGAACUUCGUGAUUUUAUUUACUAAAUAUAUUUUUCAAUAUUAA